AAUUGUCGAACUCAAAGUGGGAGUUUCGGGGUUCCACGCACAAAGAAAUAAUAAAAACAAAAAUAGGAAAAAAGAAAACCUUGGUUUUGGCUUUCAUGCUUGGCCGUCGAAAGUAGAAUAAUGAGUGAGAUGAAUGAAUAUGAAUAAAAAUCCCAACCAAGUUAGAGUGUUCCUCGUCGAAAAUCUAACGAAACCCACGUAAUUUUCCCUCGAACAAUCCAAACCCACUUCCCCGUUUCACCCUAAAACCCGCCAGUUUUGGUCUACUGUACUCUCAGAUCCAUCCCAACCCAAACGAACACACGUCCUAUAACGCCAAACCAAACCAAACUCACAUCCGUUUCCCUCUUCAAUUUCUUUCUUUCUUUGUUCUCUUCUCUCUGAUUUUUCGUUCUAUUUAUUUGAGUCGAAUGCCGUUUCAAUAGACACCAAUUUCUCAGCCUAGAGAGAGAGAGAGAGAGCGAGAGAGGGAGUCGCACACAGAGAUGGCGGGUCAGAUUGUUAAAGCGAGGAGGGAGAAGCUGGAGGCAUGCAUGACGUGCCCUCUUUGUAAUAAGCUCUUGAGCGAAGCUACUACCAUCUCUCUCUGCCUCCACACGUUUUGCAGAACGUGCAUAUAUGAGAAGCUCUCAGAUGAGGAGGUCGAUUACUGUCCUGUAUGCAAAAUUGAUUUGGGCUGUCUUCCAGUGGAGAAACUCAGGCCAGACCACAAUUUGCAAGAUAUUCGAGCCAAGAUCUUUCCUCUAAGAAGGAGAAAGAUCAAUGCGCCUGAAGCUACAACCCCAAUUUCUGUGCCAGUGAAAAGGAAGGAGCGAUCACUAUCUUCGUUGGUGGUGAGCACUCCCAAAGUUCCAAUCCAAACCGGCUUGACUGGAAGGAGAACAAAAGCUGGCACAAGAAGGCUUGGUUCUUCACGAGGUAACAGCUUUGCUGUAGAAGGAAAUGUCAAGAGAGAAGAUUCUGCAGAAGAUCAUCCAUUAAGCUCAAGCUCGCCUGAAUCUCAAAUCAGAACUGGUCGAAAUAAAAUGCAGGAUUCUUCAUCUGCUGAGCCUUCUGGUAAGAAAGAGAGGAACGAUCUUGUAAUGGAAGGGAAAGCUGAUCUAUGGAAACCCUUAACCUGUCUUGUAGAAGUUGCUAACAGAACCAAGACUUCUAAGUCUAAUAAUACACAAGGCGCUCAUGUUGCCAAAUCAGAGAUUCGUAAUGCCCUUGAUAGCGAACUACAUACUCCUGAUACUAAAACUGAAGCAGACUCACCAAAUGCUUUGGACAGUCAGUCAUAUAUGCCUAAGACAAAAAUAAAGGAGCCUGAACAGGCAAAAGUGAAAAAUAACAGUAAUGGGACAUCCUUGCUUCCAGGGCCAGUGAAACGCAGAAGGUUGCGUGCAGCAAAUCGUAAUAGAGCAGCUUCAUCUGGAGAGAGUGCCUCAGCUCAGGUGAUGCUAGAUGCAUCCGGGGCUAACCGCAGCAGAAGAAAUAGCCCAAUUUGGUUCUCGCUGGUUGCUUCCGAAGAAAGGAAAGGAGUAGCUUCCUUGCCUCAGAUAUCUGCAUGCUACUUGAGAAUUAAAGAUGGAAAAAUGCCUGUCUCAUUCAUCCAAAAGUAUCUAGUAAAGAAACUCGAACUUAAGGACGAAGCUGAGGUUGAGAUUCUGUGCCGUGGUCAGCCUGUUCUCCCGUCGCUGCCACUGCAGAACCUCGUGGACCUGUGGUUUCGGACAGCAUCCACAUCAAAGAAAGUACCAGCAUCAGUUGGUUCGUCGGCCAAGGACUUUGUGAUGGUUCUCUCGUACUGUCGAAAAGUCCAGAAUGCAUGAAAGAGCUUACUUAGAAAAUUUUCAGUUCAUUGUUUCUUGAUGAGCACCCAGUUUCAGUUUUCCAUUACAGAGUCACCAAUAUUGUUGUUGCUGCUGCUGUUGUUGAUAUUGGUAGAUCUAAGUAUGAGCUUCUCAUUUAGUCAUGUGUUGCUAUACCAUGCGGAGAGUGAGCUGAUAUUAAUGUUUGAAUUCUUUGAUUGUUUUAUUCCAUUUAUUUUUCUCCAUAUUAGAUUUAUACACAUGCUUAUUUAUGUUAUCCCCGAGUGUUCUUCUGUCCUCUUCCGUUGUUCUCAAUCUUAAAUAAUAUAUUUACAAA